GGUGCCCGAGGCGCCCAGCCGGAGGCCGGGGAGCCGCUGGGGAGGCCUGCAGCCGCCUCUGGGCCUCUCCUCGCUUCCUAGGUGCGCCUUCCAGGAUGGGCUGACCCAAAGGAAUACGACCGGACUACAGCCCAAGGCGGCUCGCGGCCCGGGGAGCCCAGAAUACCCAGUGUGUAUCCCCUACAAACCGUAGCGAAGCCUCGGCUGGCCGCGGGACCCGGGCCACACCCCCACCUGCUGGCCCAAUCGGAGUGCGUGGCUGAGAACAACUGAACAUCCGGCCUCCUGGGCGUGACCCAGAGGACUCACCGCCGUUGUCCCAGCGGAGGCUCGGCCCUAAUUGGCAGUUCGGCAACCUACGAAAGCGCAGAAAUUCGAACCUAGAGGCCGAACCCCACCGCAAACCACGGAGGAAGGGGUGGUGGCGGGAAUCGCAAAGGCAAAAGCAAGAAAUGGCGACAGAUGCUGCAGUUCCCCCACAUCAGCCAGUGCGAAGAGCUGCGGCUCAGCCUCGAGCGUGACUACCACAGCCUUUGCGAGCGGCAGCCCAUUGGGCGCCUGCUGUUCCGAGAGUUCUGCACCACGAGGCCUGAGCUGACGCGCUGCAUUGCCUUCCUGGAUGAGGUGGCUGAGUAUGAAGUGACUCCUGAUGAGAAGAGGAAGGCAUGUGGGCAGAGGCUAAUGCAGAAUUUUCUGAGCCACACGGGUCCUGACCUCAUUCCUGAGGUCCCUCAGCAACUGGUGACUAACUGUGCCCAGCAGCUGGAGAAGGGGCCCUGCAAAGACCUCUUCCAGGAGCUAACCCGGCUGACCCAUGAGUACCUGAGUGUGGCCCCUUUUGCCGACUACCUCGACAGCAUCUACUUCAACCGUUUCCUGCAGUGGAAGUGGCUGGAAAGGCAGCCAGUGACCAAAAACACCUUCAGGCAGUACCGAGUCCUGGGCAAAGGUGGCUUUGGGGAGGUGUGCGCCUGCCAGGUACGGGCAACAGGCAAGAUGUACGCCUGCAAGAAGCUGGAGAAGAAGCGCAUCAAGAAGCGGAAAGGGGAGGCCAUGGCACUCAAUGAGAAGCAGAUCCUGGAGAAAGUGAACAGUAGGUUUGUAGUGAGCUUGGCCUAUGCCUAUGAGACCAAGGAUGCGCUGUGCCUGGUGCUGACACUGAUGAACGGAGGUGACCUCAAGUUCCACAUCUACCACAUGGGCCAGGCUGGCUUCCCAGAGGCACGGGCCGUCUUCUACGCCGCCGAGAUCUGCUGUGGCCUGGAGGACCUGCAUCGGGAGCGCAUUGUGUACAGGGACCUGAAGCCAGAGAACAUCCUACUGGAUGACCAUGGUCACAUCCGAAUCUCUGACCUGGGGCUGGCUGUGCAUGUGCCCGAGGGCCAGACCAUCAAAGGCCGUGUGGGCACCGUGGGCUACAUGGCUCCAGAGGUGGUGAAGAACGAACGGUACACAUUCAGCCCAGACUGGUGGGCGCUAGGCUGCCUUCUGUACGAGAUGAUUGCCGGCCAGUCGCCCUUCCAGCAGAGGAAAAAGAAGAUUAAGCGGGAGGAGGUGGAGCGGCUGGUGAAGGAGGUGGCUGAAGAGUACUCUGAUCAAUUUUCCCUGCAGGCCCGCUCACUCUGCUCCCAGCUCCUUUGCAAGGACCCUGCCGAGCGUCUGGGGUGUCGUGGAGGUGGUGCCUGUGAGGUGAAGGAGCACCCCAUCUUCAAGAAACUGAACUUCAAGCGUCUGGGAGCGGGCAUACUGGAGCCACCCUUCAAGCCUGAUCCCCAGGCCAUUUAUUGCAAGGAUGUCCUGGACAUCGAACAGUUCUCCACGGUUAAGGGUGUGGAGCUGGAACCCGCGGACCAGGACUUCUACCAGAAGUUUGCUACGGGCAGCGUGUCUAUCCCCUGGCAGAAUGAGAUGGUGGAGACCGAGUGCUUCCAGGAGCUGAAUGUCUUCGGGCUGGAUGGCUCAGUUCCCCCAGACCUGGACUGGAAGGGCCAACCCCCUGCACCCCCCAAGAAGGGACUGCUGCAGAGACUCUUCAGUCGCCAGGAUUGCUGUGGGAACUGCAGCGACAGUGAAGAAGAGCUCCCCACCCGCCUCUAGCCCCCAGUCCGAGGCCCCGACCGGCGGUUGGCGGUAGCAGUUACUUCGAGUGCUGUUUACAGUUUUGCACAGUGGUCCUCCCCAUUGUCCACUCAAGCUGUGGCCUGGGGAACACAGCCGGAGCUGUCCCCGGUGUUCUCUGCCCCUCAGCCCGCAGUCUGGCUGAGUUUGGCAAGGCCUAGGCUGUCCUUGGGACAAAGGUGCGUCCCUUCAGCUCUUGUCCGUGGAGCUCGGGGCUUUCUGUAUUUAUGUAUUUGUACGAAUGUAUAUAGUGACUAGAGCAUUCUGAAGACCCACGCUGGAGCUGGCAGAGGGGCCACUGCCAAACUCAAGGCUCCUCAGGCCCCUGAGCCCCCAGCACUGUGCUCACCACCGCCGACCUCCGCGUGAGACUCGUGCCUGCCUCUGCUGCCCUGGGCUCAGGCCACCACCUCGGGCCCAAUGCCGUCCCUUCUCAGCACUUGUCAGAGCUGGAUCUGGGGCAUGUGCCAAAGUAUGAACAGAGAUUGGGCUGAUUCUGGAACCCAUCAGUCCACUGCCCAGGCUGUCCCAGAUGGGUGUGUCUCUGCCUUCCAGCUCCCAGGGCACCUUGUCCCUCAUGCUGGGCCCUGUCCUGAAGACACCUCUUGCAGAAAUGCCCCAUCCCAGGCAGGGAAAGGGGGUGUCCCUGGCCAACCCUCAAACAUUCCAGACUUCUCCCAUAACAAUAGACACAUGUGCCCAGCAAUAAUCCACCCCUCCCUCUGUGUGUGUGUGUGUGUGUGUGUGUGUGUGUGUGUGUGUGUGUGAGAGAGAAGGGGGCAGGCUGAGGCUGUGUGCCUAUGCGCCAGGCCCCACCCAGCCCUUCCCAGACUGGAUAGCCAUCCUGGUCCCACUGUUGAGGUAGCAUGGGAUUACAGGACCCUGGUUUUUCCAUAUUUAAAGCCAAUUUUUAUUACUCAUUUUGUCCAAUGUAAGCCGCCACGUGUCUCUAUGUGAAUACAGUCUCAGCACAAAGCUG